AUGUUGGAGGCAAAAUUGGGUUUCAAUUCAUCAUAUGCAUGGAGAAGCUUGUAUUCUAGUUUAAGGUUGCUUAAGAAGGGGCUAUUUUGGAGAAUUGGGGAUGGAAAGAAGGUGAAGAUUUGGGGUGACAAGUGGAUACCAAGGGAUUAUGCUCCUAAGGUACAGAGGACAUGGCAGAAACCAAAUGAGGGAGUUUAUAAGAUAAACUGGGAUGCUGCAACAAAAAAUUUUGAGGGAAGCAUUGGCAUUGGAGUGAUUGCUAGAGACUUCGAAGUAGAGAUGGGGUUGUCACUGGUUAUACUUGAAGGGGAUGCUAUACAAGUUGUAUCCAUGGCAAACAAGGCUAAAACAGAUUUGAGCUUAGGUGGUUUAAUAAUUGCAGUUGCCAAAGGUGUAUUAACAGCUCUCAGAUCAUGGUCUGUUGUUCAUACAAAUAGAGAGGCUAAUAUGGCAGCACAUAUAUUGGCAAGAUUUGGGCUUGACCUUGAAGAAGACAAGUAUACAUUGGAAGAAAUUCCUUCAUGUAUUCAGUCCAUUGUAUUAAGUGAUUUGAUGUAA